AUGUUUGGCAACACAGAUGAUAUAAGGCUGUCUGAUAUAUUGUUCGGAAGUGACAUUGAUGCAGAGUACUGUGGCAAGGCUUCAAGGAAAAAGGAGGAGGAGAAAGACACGUGGAAGAAGAGCGUCAAGCACUACCGAAUCCUCUCUGUCGAUCAGAUAGCAGCGCUGGAGGACUUCUUUAUGAGCAGGCAGAUGCCUAUAACAAAAACGAACAUAAAGCAUGCAUCGAAGGCUCUCAAGAUUCCAUACCAGCGGUCUGUAAACUAUCUCUACAACAAGUACAGAAGAGCCCAGGAGAAUGCCGAGGAUUUUUACCAGAGGUGUAUCCAUGAGUUUAGCGUAAUAAUGCAAAAUGUAGAGAAGUGCUGGGACCUGUACCUCCGAGGGUGCCGGACAUACGAUGCUCCGAGAGACAGCAGAAAUUAA